AUGUUGCAGGAAAAGUACAUUGGGUUGGUACUAGCAAUGAGCUCUAGUAUUUUCAUUGGGCUUUCAUUUGUCAUCACAAAGAAAGGAUUGGUGAGCUCCAAACGACGACACGGUGCGUCAGCAGCCGAGGGAAAGCAUCAUUAUUUAAGGAAUUGGACAUGGUGGGCUGGAAUAGGAACAAUGGCCGUCGGUGAAAUAUUGAACUUUUCGGCAUAUUCAUUUGCACCACCGAUAUUAAUUACACCUCUGGGAUCUCUCAGUGUCAUUCUCGGGGCUAUAUUCGCAUCAGUAUUUUUGAAGGAAAAAUUGGGUGCCAUUGGAAAAGUUGGAUGUUUGUUAUCUGUAGUAGGGGCAUUCAUAGUUGUUUUGCAUGCUCCCGAAGACAAGGAUGUAACUUCAAUAGAUGAGCUAUUAUUCUAUGCGCUACAGCCAGGUUUUGUAAUGUACUGUAUCAUGGUACUUUGUGUCAGCCUAUUUAUGAUAUUCAAUGUUGUGCCUGUCUAUGGCACUCAGAAUCCGUUUGUUUACAUCUCGAUCUGCUCUUUGGUGGGGUCUGUGUCAGUGAUGGCCAUCAAAGCCUUUGGAAUUGCACUGAAAUUAACAUUUGCUGGAAACAACCAAUUCACUCAUCCAUCUACCUAUGCUUUCGCCUUGAUUGUAGCAAUUUGCAUUGUUGUUCAGAUGAAUUAUUUUAACAAGGCCUUGGAGCAAUUCUCUACCAACGUCGUCAACCCCAUCUACUUUGUUUGUUUCACAACAGCCACAAUUAUUGCUUCAGCCAUCUUAUUCCAGGGCUUCAACACGGACAAUCCCAUCAACGUAGCUUCCUUGAUUUGUGGAUUUAUCAUUAUUUUUACAGGCGUUUAUUUAUUAGAUUCAAUUGCCAGAGGCUCAGGAUCAGAAACCCAUCAUUUGCAUGAUGAUACUUCCUCCGAAGAAGAGGAUGAAAAUGAACGCUUUUUGAUGGAGGAGGCUGCACUAUUAGAAGACCAUGAAGCUGGGUCUUCAUCGCUGAACUUGUCCGGAUUAAACCAUGAUUCAGAUGAAGAUAUUGAAUUGGUGAUGCGGCCCAAAGGUGGACGGUAG